GUUCACCAUAGUCGUCACUUGCUGAUAUAGGAACGUUUAUUUCGUUCAUGAGGCAGGCUGAUUCUUAUUUGAAUUUACUGGUAUAUAAGAUCAUUACUAUAUAACACAUUUUGUUUUGAUAUACACCAUGAUCACGAGAUAUCUUCUGUAAAACCUCAUAUAUUGGCGUUCGUGUCGCAAUAUAAGAAAUGGCCACUAUACAGCGCCGUCUUUUCCACCAAACUCUCCGUACUCUUAGUCAUGAAAAUCCUCUUGGCCUACCGAGAACGGGAUCGAUCCCGCGCAUGCAGCGCGGACUUCCAAAACGAAGCAAAAUCAAGGAUGUAGCUAAAGUAGUCGCCGUAUCCUCGGCCAAAGGAGGCGUGGGCAAGAGUACCGUCGCUGCCAAUAUAUCUCUAGCUUUCGCUCGAAUGGGUUACCGCUCGGGAAUCCUCGAUACAGAUAUUUUCGGACCUUCAAUACCGACGCUUUUCGAUCUUAACGAAGAGCCGCGGUUAUCCAAUAAUAAUCAAUUGCUACCACUGUCGAAUUACGGCGUGAAGACUAUGUCGAUGGGCUAUCUAGUAGGCGAAGACGCCCCAGUAGUAUGGCGUGGCCUUAUGGUUAUGAAAGCCUUACAACAGCUCUUACAUGAAGUCGAUUGGGGUGGUCUCGAUAUCUUGAUACUCGAUCUACCUCCUGGAACUGGCGAUACGCAGCUCAGUAUUACGCAACAGAUUGUACUUGACGGAUCCGUCAUCGUGACUACACCACAUACCCUCGCGGUGAAGGACGCAGUCAAGGGAAUCAACAUGUUCAAGAAAGUCGAUGUACCACUACUCGGCCUUGUCCAGAAUAUGUCACUUUUUCAUUGCCCUCACUGCUCCCAUGAUACGGCAGUGUUCGGGUCCAACGAACGUGUUAAGAAUGUCUGCCAGGAGUAUUCCUUAGACCUACUUGGUGAUAUCCCGUUACAUCAGAAUAUUGGGGACGACGGUCAAAAAGGUAAACCGACUAUGGUUUCAGAACCUGACAGCGAGAGGGCGCAUGCCUUCAUGAAUAUCGCGAAGUCAUUACAGUUCAAAUUAGGAAUGUAAUGCUUCACCACAGUACGACGAUGCUUUGUAUAUGUAUCGCGCGUCCAAUGAAAUAAAUUUAAUUACGCUCUACGUAUGAAGGCUAGACGGUUUAUGAUACCGGGAGGCAUCUACUCAGCUGAGUGUUGAAUGGGUACGGUACGUUCACCAAUAAACGGCGAAGCGUUCGAGUUCCUGUCCGUAACGAGAAUUUAGCAAAUCAAUCCAGAAUUACAUGUAUCUUGGGGUAUGAGGAUAGUAA